AUGGACUGCAUGUUGGAAAGUUCUAAAAAGGGUGGGGGUAAAUUAAGUUGUAAGCAUACCUACUAUGAACAGCAAAAGUGUGUCGAGGCUGUGUUUGAAGAUUCUGAAAUUGCCAAAGCUUUCAUAGAAAGGGGCAAAAUAGAAAUUUCAAAAAAAGAUUUCAUCCUCUCCAAUCUUCCGCCCCAGAUAUAUUUGCCCCAAAAGAAAUUUAGAGUAGGUAACAAGGUUGUUGUACAAGAUAUAAAACCACCAAACUCUGCUAAAAAACUUGGAUCGUUGGUUACCCCACCGAGGAAAGAGAUAACUAAUAAGGAGGCUGGCGAUAGUCAGAAAAAGCUGGCGGACGAUAGUAAAUUCAAAAAAAUUGUUAAAAAUGACGGAGAUGAUGAUCGUGAUAAUGAUGAUAGUGAUGAAGAUGAGGAUGAUGUUGAAUGGGUGGAAGCGAUAAAUGAUUUGAAAAUUUGA